AACGACUGCGGCAGCUGUCGUCUAGAAAGUACGGGGCAGUGAGACCUUACGUUGGAUGUUCCUGGAUAUAAGGCACAAUUUAAACCAAAGGCUAUAUAAACAUUGCAGAAUCCCACCAUCUGACCUCCAUCAAACGCAAUCAGAACUAUCAGAAUAAGCACACCAAACACUAUACUCAUCUAAUCAAUAACACUCUACUCAUCAUCAAAAUGCGUCUCUUUACCUUCCUCAUCGCCGCCUUCAUUGGUUCUGCUCUGGCUGCUCCCAGCCCCAACCCCGAAGCUGCUGGUGACCUACUCUCCGAAAGAGCUCAAUGCGCUGCCCGGGGCGGCAAGUGCGCAAACGACGCUGCCUGCUGUGUCAGUCUGUGGUGUAUUGAUGGAAAAUGCGUCAACCAGGGAUCUGGCAAGAGAGAGCUCGAGCGAAGCAUUGAAACCAGAGAAACCAGCGAAACAGCCGACACCAGCUCUACCGACGCCUCGGGAUGUGCACACGGCUCUCCCUGCUUGACUGGCUGGAUCUGCCAGGAUAACACCUGCGUGCCCAAGUCGGCUCGUGAUCUUUUCAGAAAAGAGGCCUGUCGAGGUGAACUGACUUCCUGCGGUGCCAACCUUCCUCCGUGCUGCAAGGACUUCCACUGUGACCAGGGAUACUGCAUCCACUAGAGGAUAUGGACGAUUUAUGAUGACGGUUUUCCUUUUGUAUAGAGUUGCUGCGUUUUCUAUAGUCUUGCUUGAUAUUUAUAAUGAAUAAUGAUUAUGAUGCUUCUAC